AUGCAGUCUGAAGGCACGCCCGUUCAGCUACCUAGGAGGUGCUUGUUUGAGUCGUUGGAAAACAAACCAAGCGUUGUGUCGGAGAGACGGUUCAGAAGUUUUAAAUGUCAAUUAGAGGCAAACAAAGCAUGCCAACAGAGCACCGAGAGGUUUCGUAACUUGUAUGCAUUUGAUGUGGAUUUAUUAUGCGCAUGCCGCCGAUCUCCUUGUCGAGCCCGGCAGUCUUGUUCUGCUACGACGGAUUCCAUUAGCCUAGGUCGACUGUCUACCUCUUGUGGGUCAAUUGCAGUUUUGGAAACGGAGAGGGCAAACUGGCAUUGGGAGACAGUCAACUUGGCGGAUGAGUAUGUGCCAUCAAUUUACCACACUGUUCGCUAUCAUUCAGAUAGUUGUUUACGUGGUCAUUAUCGGACAGAGCAGCCCUGCAUUCCUCCAACACCGAACAAGAUGAGAGACCGUUUCCGGUCAAGUGAUGUUAAUGUGCCUUCAGAGACUGAGGUUUCUAAAGAAGAUCUGCAAGUGUCAAAACAUUCUAAUACAUCACCUCCUGACGAUUCUUCACCACACUUCAGAAUGCCAUCGUUAUUUCAUAUGUGGCGUGCGCGAAUUCGUCGGGCUUCCCACAAAGAACGAGCUCAUAAGUCACUGGUGCGGGACACCACGUCACCUCUGUCGGAUGAAGAAAAUAUUGCUACCCCCUCUGAGAUACCUUACACCAGAAAAAUGCUCGCAGCCCAGCUUCCUCCCCCUGUUCCCAAUCCAAGCCCAGUCAAAUCUACUACUCAAGAGUAUGACUCAGUGACCACAUACAAAGAAUUGCUUCCACUUGGAGAUUCUAAUUCUUCUCAAAUUCCCCCAACUAAACUUCGGCAGAUGAAACUAACUGGUAAGUCCUCGUCACUUUCAAAGCCUGGUGCGCUUAUACUUGGACGGCGUACUAGAUACCACACUUUGGCCACUGUGAAGGCGGCAAUUUACUUUAGUUACAGCUGGUCUGAUAGCAUAUUGAAAGGUAGUAGCCUCCGAACACUCGAUAUAUUUUCGAAACUAUUUGAUAACACGCACCCACGAUCUUUCAAUUUCCAGUGCGGCCGGUGGCGAAUGACCUGGUCAGAUAACCGGCAACGGAUGACAAUCCUCAGCUCUGGAUUUACUAACGUGGGCCGAAAACAAACGAGCCCGAACAGGCUAACUGACAACACGCCUUACGUUCUCAUGUCUAGUGCCAAGGAAUCCAAGGACGAUGAUCCCACGAGCGAGGUACUAAGUACACAAAGCGCAGAUUCGGAACCUCCAAAACGACCUACUAAGUGUGAACUAAAAUCGGAAAAGGUAAAACGUCUAUUUGGCUUUGGUCCGGAUACCAACUGGCUUUGCUGGACAAAUAGUUGGAUCGGACUGAGUUAUUUUAUAACCGGGUUAAUCUUAUUCUUGAUCCAUGCGAUAACCUAUUCAUGGUCGGCUGGUACACUGCAACUUCAUUGUGCAGAAGGACGUUGUUGGUCAUUUGCGCUUGAGAAGAACCCAUAUUCACAUUCAUACAACUUACUGAGGUAUACGAAGUACUUGUAUGACGAUCCGCAUAUUGGACUGGGUUUCGGACUAUUUCUUUUAAUUUUCGGAGUUACUUCGGGGUUUCGAUUCAGUCGCCUAUUGGUAAAUUUGGGCUUCAUCUGCAAUGUCACCUUAACGGCCACAUGUAUUCUUUUACUCCCAUUCACUAUUUUUGAACUACAAUUAGCCUAUGGAAGUCAUGCUCAGGCUAAACUCGAAGCUCCGUGUCACUGGAACCGCAUCCGCGCAAGCAAUGAUCUCGUGAUGCUUGUGACUAUGCUUUUGCUGAGUGUCUUUCAGCUAGUCAUCAAUUAUCCUUACGUGCAAUACCGUUCAAUCAACCGUUUGGGACCACUCCUCUACUACAUUAAGACCAGUCAGAGGUUGUCCAACAUUAGACUGAAGAACAAUACAACAUUCAACGAGUUUACUGUAUAG